UCAUCCUUAAAAUUGUCCUUUUGUAAUGGUUGUAGAAGGGGUUCGGGCUCAGCAUGCAGAAGCAUGUUUGGAGGUUUUGUACACUGGGAGCGAUCUAGACCUGACAGUGAACAUGUCCCUCAGUCUGUAAAACAGCUCUUCCCUUGUACUCACUGGCCUGAACUUCGCGUUCUUAUCUGUGUGAUCUCCUCGCAUCACAAAUCGGUAUCCUCUAGGGAAGCGAUGCUUCGUACUGUGACAACUAGCCCGCUCUACCAAGAGGCGAGGGCAACUGUGGUCAGACACCGUUUACCCCGCUUUAUCGACGCGUUUGGACAACGGGAUUUUGCUGCUCUCGCUGAAUUAACAAUGCGCGAGAGCAACGAACUGCACGCUUUCUGUUUGGACUCCUGGCCACCUGUCGUUUACCUCAAUUCUACUAGUUUUGCUGUCAUGGACUUUGUUCAUGCGCUAAACCAACAUAUGCACCGAUAUGUGGUAGCCUAUACCUUCGAUGCAGGCCCAAACGCCUUCCUCCUUACGUUGGCGGACGACGCGCCUCUUGUUCUGGCUCUCCUCGCGGAAUGCUUCGGCGAAGUUGAAGGUAAAAGAGGCUUGAGUGGUUAUGGGGAUGAUUCGGAUAAAAAGGGACCCCAUAUUGAGACUCACACGGGUCAUCUUGAAGUUGAAGGCAUUCAGUACUCCUCAGAAGUUGAUUUAUCCGAUCACAGGGGGUUUCUGGAGUCAUUCCCACGAUCCGGUGGAUCGAUUCAGUACGUCAUUAGCACAGAGGCAAGUUACCGUUAG